AUGUCAUCUCUACCACUGUCCGCCAUCGCGGCCGAGUUAGACACCUUCAAGACCGGUAUUGGUGCUUGGCUCGUGGGGACCUUCCUGUCUACCUUGGUUGUCGGAAUGGUUUUGCAGCAGAUGUUCCGCUACUUCCGUCUGUAUCCGUCAGACCCACCCUACCUGAAGAUUUGGGUCGUCUCAGCGGUCUUACUGCAACUUGUAACCACUGCAUUCUCUAUGCAUGUCGGCUACUACUACUUGAUCACAUACUAUUUAAACCCUAUCGUGUUCACGAAGAAGGAUGUGUGGACCUCCGCCAUGAUACCCAUCUUCGGGCCCAUAAACAACCUCGUGGCUGAAGCCUAUUUCGCACGCCGCGUGUACAUGAUCGGCCGACUGUAUCGCUAUAUUGCUCUAUCCGCCAUGAUCAUGAUAUUGGCGUCUUGCGGCUUCUACUUCGCGGUUGCCGCUCAGGCCUUCGCCUUGCCAAACAUCAUAACGGCAGCGAACACAGGUGCUUGGCUGCCUACCGCCGGCGCCGCAUUGCUCCUUGCCAGCGACUUCCAGCUGACAGUCGUGCUCGUCUAUUUCCUCUAUCGUAGCCGGACCGGUUUGAGACGCACGAACUCGAUGCUGGACAUACUCAUUGCCUACACAAUGAGCACCGGGGGACUCGUCUGCUUCCUCAACGUUGUCGGUCUCAUCAUGUCUAUUACCUUCUCUCACAACAUUAUCUACACUGCAUCCACACUGGUUGUGAAGGCUGUGUACACCAGCUCGUUCCUGGCAGCUCUGAACACCCGCCAGAUGGUCCGCAGUCGUGGAGAGCUCUACGACUCCGAAGACCUCGCGGGCGGAGUCAUUUUCGGCGAGGCAGACCGUGACCCCGCCGCCGCGGCCCCGCGCGUCAAACAGGUCGAGCUGCCAUCGAUUGCAUUCGCCACGCACCCGUCGGGUACUCAGACGAGCGAUAUGGACGAGUCGGGCGGGAACAGUACGGCGGGGAAGUCGGAAGACCUCGAGAAGAACGAGCUCGCUGGAAGCGUGCACAAGCGAGCAGCGUUCGGCACUGUGACGGUCUAA